AUUUAUCUUCUUCCUACGUGAAGCACAGAGAAGCACAGAAAAGCACAAAAGCACAGAAGCUUCCUCCGACAACAACACAAAUGGUUUUGGUUUUGGAGUUGAGCUAUAAGCUUAGCUAGCACAAAAUAACUCCCAACUCCCAACGAAGUUGCCGUGUUUCUUUGUCUUUGUGUUUGUCCGUUUAUAUAUUUUAUUUUGCUUUAGUACUAAAAUAGAAUACUACUAGUAGCAAUUUUUUUACUGUUUUAAUAGUUUAGAAUCGAAUCCAUCCAAUUCCAACCAAUCCAAUCUGAAACCUUCCCGCGCAAACAACAAGGAAGGAAUAAAAAUAUAAUAUUUUUUUAAUUAAAAAAAAAAAGAAAAAGAAAAAAAAAAGGGGUUUAGCGUAAUAGUAGGGAAGGGAGUAUAAAUAGUGAGUGAGUGAUGCUGAUGAGGAGGAUGCAUUUUGUUGUAAAUCAUAAUCAUAAUCAUCAUCAGCGCAGUGUAAAGAGUGUCGUUUACGCACUGCUUCUCUCUCUUUCCCUUUCUUCUAAUAAUUCUAAGAACGCCGCCGUCGUCCGAUCAACGGCCACCAUGACCACACAGGCCCAGCCUCAGCCUCAGCCUCAGCCUCCUGUGGCAAAGAAGGUGCCUCACAAGAUGGAAUUGUUCGGUGACGUGAGGGUGGACAACUACUAUUGGCUCCGCGACGAUUCUCGCUCCAAUCCUGACAUGCUCUCUUACCUCCAACAAGAGAACGCCUUUACCGAUUCCCUCAUGUCCGAUUCCAAAAAGUUUGAAGAUGAGCUGUAUGCGGAGAUCAGAGGGAGGAUCAAAGAGGACGAUGUGUCUGCCCCUGUGCGCAGAGGAGCUUACUAUUACUACCAGAGGACUCUUGAGGGCAAGGAGUAUGUUCAACACUGUAGGCGCCCUGUACCCAAUCCCAACGCCCCACCUUCUGUGCACGACACCAUGCCCACGGAUCCCAAUGCUGAAAAAGAGCAUAUUAUCUUGGACGAGAAUGUUAAGGCUCAAUCUUAUGAUUAUUAUAGCAUUGCUGCUUUCAAGGUUAGUCCCAAUAACAAAUUGGUGGCGUAUGCCGAGGACACUAAAGGAGAUGAGAUCUACACUGUUUAUGUCAUUGAUGCUGAAACUGGGGCUACUAUGGAUAACCCUCUUGUGGGUGUCACUGCCUAUCUUGAAUGGGCUAGUGAUGCCUCUUUAGUUUACAUCACCAUGGAUGACAUUCUCCGCCCUCACAAGGCAUGGUUACAUAAAUUGGGAACACAGCAAUCUAGCGAUACCUGUCUUUACUACGAAAAAGAUGAUACCUUUUCUCUUGAUCUUCAAGCUUCUGAAAGCAAGAAGUUUUUGUUUGUUGCUUCUGAAAGUAAAAAUACUAGGUUUAACUUUUAUCUUGAUGUUUCAAACCCUGAAGAUGGACUUAAAGUUCUCACACCUCGUGUAGAUGGCAUUGACACCUCAGUCAGCCAUCGUGGGAAUCAUUUUUUUAUCCAGAGGAGGAGUGAUGAGUUUUUCAACUCUGAACUCAUAGCUUGUCCUCUGGAUAAUACUAAUGCAACUACGCUUCUUCUUCCACACAGACAAAGUGUAAAAAUUCAGGACAUACAACUCUUUAACGAUCAUCUCGUUGUAUAUGAGCGUGAAAAUGGUCUACCAAAAGUAACUAUUUAUGGCCUUCCAGAUGUUGGAGAACCUCUUAAGAGCCUUCAAGGUGGUCAUCUUGUUGCGUUUAUUGAUCCCAUAUACUCAGUGGAUCCAUCAGAGUCACAGUUUAAUUCCAGCAUUUUACGAUUUUAUUAUAGCUCAAUGAAGACUCCUCCCUCUGUAUAUGAUUAUGAUAUGAUGACAGGCGUUUCUGUCUUGAAGAAGAUUGAAACAGUGUUGGGGGGUUUUGAUGCCUUGAAUUAUUUUAUUGAAAGAAAAUGGGCGAAUGCUCCAGAUGGUACUCAGAUUCCAAUAUCAAUUGUUUAUCGCAAGGAUCUUGUGAAACUCGAUGGGUCAGAUCCAUUACUACUUUAUGGCUAUGGCUCUUAUGAGACAUGCAUAGACCCCAGUUUCAAGUCAUCAAGGCUGUCUUUGUUAGAUCGGGGUUUUAUUUAUGUAAUAGCUCACAUCCGUGGAGGUGGUGAAAUGGGAAGGCAGUGGUAUGAGAAUGGGAAGUUGUUGAAGAAAAAAAAUACUUUCACUGAUUUUAUUGCUUGUGCUGAGUACUUAAUAGAAAACAAGUACUGUUCAAAGGAAAAAUUGUGCAUUAAUGGAAGAAGUGCGGGAGGAUUGCUUAUUGGUGCUGUUCUUAAUAUGAGACCUGAUUUGUUCAAGGCUGCUGUGGCUGGAGUACCUUUUGUAGAUGUUUUGACUACAAUGUUGGAUCCAACCAUCCCUCUUACCACUUCAGAGUGGGAGGAAUGGGGUGACCCUCGGAAGGAGGAGUUCUACUUCUACAUGAAGUCAUAUUCCCCUGUUGAUAAUGUUAAGGCACAAAAUUAUCCUGACAUUCUUGUAACAGCUGGUUUAAAUGAUCCACGUGUUAUGUAUUCUGAACCUGCUAAGUUUGUGGCGAAACUGAGGGAUCUGAAGACUGAUGAUAACCUACUGUUGUUUAAAUGUGAACUUGGUGCUGGGCAUUUUUCGAAGUCAGGAAGAUUUGAGAAGCUCCAAGAAGAUGCAUUCACGUAUGCCUUUAUAAUGAAGUCUCUAAAUAUGAUUCCUAGCCAUGGAUCUGAGCAAAAUUGAUCACUUGCAAAAUGGUGUCGGCAACAUCUUUACUAGUUUAUGUGUGUUAAUUCUAAAUGUGAUCUAAAAUGUUGAUUUGUUAGUGUUGAUUGCUGCAAUUUACAACUUUACACGUAGUAUGGAAAAACAAAUGUAUCAUUAUUUGAUACCAGUUACAAAUUCUGGUGGUUUUUAUCUAUAUUAGGGACUAUUAUUUGGUGUUGCCCAUAAA